AUGGCGGACGACCAAAUCUCAUUGCCAUAUCUACUGGCCAUCCUGGUCGUCUCGGGCUUGAUAAUACGAUAUCUGUUCUUUGGAGGACCGUCGCCACCUCAGCCCACACGAUCCCCUGAAGCUUUCCUCCGGUCAAGAGAGAUUGCAGUUGAGAGAAUACAGCAAAUGUUUCCGCAGGCGGAUCGACGGAGUAUUCUAUGGGAUCUGCAGCGCAACGGAGGAAACAUCCAGAGCACGACAGAGCGAAUACUAGCAGGACGACUGGACACGCCCCCCGUGACUUUCCAACCACCGCCUCCUCCGGGCCAAUCCGCACCGAGCAGCAGCGCAGCGACGGCGUCUCGACAGCCGGAUAAGCCAGCGCAGCCGGAUCUUAUCACCCGGUAUAACCUCAAGGACAAGUUGGAUACUGCGUCGCAGGAGGAGCAGGAUGCCAAGGGCAAGGGAUGGAGCUCGAACAGGGACGAGAGGCAAGCUUCGCUGCAGAGGAGGAGGGAUGAGAUGAUUCUUGCGGCACGGAGGAAGAUGGAGGCUAAGCUUGCGGCUGAGAAGGCAGUUCAGGGGAGUUGA